UAAUCGAAGAAAAGAAGGCAGAGAAGGAACAACUAAAGGAAGCUGAGACUGAACUGGAGAACACAGCCAAACAAACAGACAACGAAGAAGAAUUAAAAGAGGAGGAAAAGCAACAAGAGGAGAGAGAGAGCAUCAGAGAGAUCAGUCUGGAGACCAGAGAGAUGCAGGAAAGAAUAAUGAGAGAAAGAGUGGAGAUAAGACAAAGAGAGGAAGAGGAGAUGAGAGGAAAAAUGAGAGCUGUUGUGGAUGAUUUGAGGAGCUCAGCAGAACCAGUUGAAAUGCUGAAGGAAAUGAUAAAGCAGCACGAAAACCAAAAACACGCAUGUAAGCGAAAGUUAACACAGGAAAAAAAUAUUGGGAAGAGAAGAGAGCUGGAGAGAGAAGUGAAGAGAGAAGAUGAGCAGAUGAAGAAAGCUAAACAAGGGCUCGAAAGGAUGCAGGAGGAGAGGAGGAUGAUGGUGACGAGUCACAGACUAGAGAUGAAGAUGAGAGAGAAGAAUGCAGUAAAAGCUGACAGAUACUUCAUCAGGAACCUGCCUGAAUUUGUCACUCAGGCCGUCAUAACAAACAAACAGAAAGCAUUUGAUAGUAGGAUGAAUGAAAAAGACCAAGAGUUAGAAAUACUGAAAAAAAGCCUCUCAGAGAUGGAGAAAGAAAACAAAAAGCAACUAGAGGAGAGAAAUAAGAUUUUAGAAGAGAAAAACAAACAAAUUAAAAACAGUAAAAAGCAGCUGGAGACUCUGAGAAAGGAACUGCAGGACAAGAGCAGCAAACUACAGGAGAUGAUGAUCCUACUGGAACAACAGAAAACUGAAAUGAGUGAAAAAGACAAACAGCUUGAGAAGGAGAGACUUCUAUGUGAGAGAAUCAAGCAGCUGCAAGAAAGACCAGACUCACUAGAAGCAGUCAGAAGAAGACUCAGUAAGGAGAAUGACUUGCGUGGAAAGACUUCAGCAGCACCGCUGAGAAGAACAAACAGUAACAACUUGUUUCAUCCAAAAAUGGGUGGAGAAUCCUCUAGUUCAGCUUCUCCAGAGUCAGUUCCUGUAUCAGAGCUCAGGGUGGUGCUGCUGGGGAGGACUGGAUGUGGGAAGAGAGCAGCAGGAAACACCAUCCUGGGCAGAGAGGAGAGGAGCCAGGCUGGAGCGUCUACAGUGAGGCAGCAGAGUGAGAGCAGACAGGGGGAGGUGGCUGGGAGGCAGGUGACUGUGGUGGACACUCCUGACUGGUUCUGUCCUGGACUCUCUCUGGAGGAGCUGAGACAGGACGUGGGACUCUGUGUCCGUCUGUCUGUCCCCAGGACCCCACGCCUUCCUCCUAGUCAUACCAGUGAAGCAGUCUACAGGAGAGGAGAGAGGCAUGCUGGAGAAAAUGGAGGAGAUUUUUGGAGAGAGAUGUUGGAGAAACACCAUGAUCCUUUUCACUGUGACUGAAAGAAGU